AUGAAAAACCUAUCCAUUUUGUUAUUAUUUUUCGUCUACUGCUCUGUUAGUGUCUUAGGAGAGCCAAUGUUAGUCUCCUAGUCAUUUUAAGGAAACGAUUUUACAGAUGCUGACGGUUGGGUGGUAGCUGGUGGACUACCUCAUAUAACAGAAUGUAGUGGAACCAAAAUGUUUGGAGGUUUCGGUAAACUUGGUGGGAAAGCUGUUGCAAGCAAAUUAUUUGAACUACCUCCUCAUUCUUCAAUUAAUUUGAAAGUAUAAUUCUGGAAGAUUGAUUCAUGGGAUAAUGAAGAAGGAUACAUUUUUGUUGAUGAUUAACUUGUCUGGUCAAGAAAAUUUAAAUUUAACGAAGGUGAUGGAUAGAAGUGCGGAUAAGGUGGAGAGUGGAAAGAAAUGAUACUCAAUCUUGAUCUAAACGUAAAACACACUGGUGCAACCGCUGUGGUUGUAUUUACAUCAAAUUUGAAUGAAGCUGCUGAUAAUGAAUCUUGGGGCAUAAGAGAAUUUGUAUUGUCAGUAGAAAGAUGUCCAGAGGGUUGCUCGGCUUGCUAAGUUGAUGACAAGCGUGAAAAUUGUGAAUUCUGGUAAUCAUUUUCUUCCAGUUGGGGAUCAUUAGAUUCUAACUAAUUAGGAGCCGAUGGUUGGGAAGUUGCAGGUGGAUAAAAAACAGCUACUAAUUGUGGAGGUGUCGCUUUAUUUGGUGGCUUUGAUAAGACUGGAGCUAGAGCUGUUGUAAGUAAAAUUCUAAAAGUUAACCCUCAUUACAAAUUAAAAAUUAAAGUGCUUUGGGCUAAGAUUGACUCUUGGGACAAUUAAGCAGCUUAAAUAAAAGUUGAUGGAAAAUUGGUUUGGGAAAGAAGAUUCUAAUGGCAUGAGGGUUAUUUUGGUAAGAUAUGUGGUUGUCCUAUCUUUGAAUGGAAAUCAAUGUUUGCCAGAACUGAGGUUGAUGUUGAUCACACUGGUGAUUAAGCAAAAGUUGAGUUCACUACAACCUUAAACGAGGCUCCAAACAAUGAAUCAUUUGGCUUGAGAGAUCUAUACAUCUUCUAUGCUGCCUGCUCUGAAAACUGUGCUGAAUGUACAGGACCUAAAGAAUCUGAUUGCAAGAAAUGUGAAAAUAAUUGGGCUUUGGUUGGCGGAAAAUGCUAAGCAUUACCAAAUUUCAUACUUUUAGAAUAAUCAUUUUUGGAAGAUAAGUUCACAGGAAUCAACGGAUGGGUUCUUAAUAAAAAUAAAGGAGGAAAACAAAUUAAUGAAUGCAGUGGUAAAUCUAUGGUUGGAGGUUUUGAUAUUAUGGGUGUUGGUGCUAGUGCUACUAAAACAUUUGAUAUCCCCCCACACAAAAGACUCAGACUCUAAUCUACAAUCUACAAAAUCGAUUCUUGGGAUGGAGAAUUCAUGAUAAUUAAAGUUGAUGGCACUGAAGUAUGGAAAACUUCAUGGAAUCUCUAAACUGGAGGUGCCAAUUUCUGUGGACAAGGAGUUUGGUUUGAUGGUAUUACUGGAGUAGAUUAAAUCUUCAAUCACUAAGCUCCAAAGGCAGAAGUGAUAUUUACAUCCACCUUAAAUUAAGAUGCUGCUGAUGAAUCUUGGGGUUUCAGAGAUUUCAAAUUAUGGUAUGAACCAAAGGAAUCCUGCGCAGUUUUCUAUAGUGAAUGUGAUUACAAAGGAGCAUCAUUUGAAUUCUGUUCAAAGUCACCUGAUUUCUCAAAGGAUAACAUUCCCCCAUAGAUUAGAUCAAUUAAAAUUCCCCCUCAAGGAAGAGUCACAUUAUAUGAAAGUACUGAUUACAAUGGAAAGAAGGUUACUUACACCUCAGAUCAAGCUUGCAUUUCAAGCUUUGAUUUUUCAUUGAUUUAGAAGAGCGGUAAUGUUGAAGGAGGCUGGAUCGAAGUUGAAUAAUGAUUGAAUACAUUUACAUAGAACAAAUAUAAAAAUUAAUCACAAAAAA